AUGGUAUUACAUCGUCUCCGAGAACACAAGCUUUAUGCAAAGUUUAAGAAGUGUGAAUUCUGGUUGUCCCAAGUGAGUUUCUUAGGACACGUGGUAAAUAAGGAUGGGAUUUUGGUAGAUCCAGUGAAGAUUGAAGCUGUUCGAGAUUGGCCACGACCUAAGACAACAACUGAAGUUAGAAGUUUCUUAGGGUUGGCUGGCUUUCAAGAAUUAAAGAAGAUAUUGAUUACUGCACCAGUUCUAAGCCUGCCAGUCAGUGAUGAAAAGUUUGUGAUAUACUGUGAUGCCUCAAGACAAGGUUUGGGUUGUGUGUUAAUGCAAUCAGGGAAGGUCAUUGCCUAUGCCCCUAGGAAGUUGAAGGCUUUUGAACAGCGUUAA